GGCGGCGGCGGCCGGAAGGGCCGGGGUUCGGGUGGCAACAGCCGCAGUUGCUAACGGCACGCGGCGAGGAGGCGAAAGGCGGGCGGGAGCCAUAAGCCAUGUCUGUUCCAGCUGAUGAAACGGUGGGGGACCUGCCUGUGAGAGACGUGGGUCUAACUCUAGUUGGAAUCGGAGGAUUACAAGAAUCAUCAACUACACAGAAUGUUAAAGCUCGACAAGCUAUAUCACGAAUCAGUCGAAAGGAGCUGGAAGACAAAUUUUUUCGCUUACGUGAUGAGAACAUCUUACUUAAGCAGCAUGCAAACAAGCAAGAGGAGAAAAUUAAAAGAAUGACCACCAAGUUAAUACGGCUUGUUAAUGAUAAAAAAAAGUCUGAGCAGGUUGGUGGCGGCCCCAAGCGGCUGGGUCAGGCUGUGGAGCUGGAAGAAAUGAUUGAGCGCUUGCAAGAGAGAGUUCGUGAGCUUGAGAAACAAAACGAGAGUCUCCGUAGCAAGCUCAUUUCAACCAAACAGCAACUCCAGAUCCAAGGCCACAGGCCUAAUUCAUAUAACUAUGUUCAACCUCGUAUUAACACGGGACUCAAAAAAGUGAAUGAUGCUGCUGGCAUGCUGGAGCACCCAAAAAAAGGAAUGAGAUUUCAGGAUUUAGAAGUGAGAUCAUCUCACCUUUUUCUUCCGAGAAAUGGCCAGAGUCUGCUUGAGGAUGCAAGGGCUGAAAUACGAAAUCUGGAAAUUGUGAUUGGUUCCCAAAAGGAACACAUUGAGGAGCUAGAAUAUGCCAGAGAGAUGCUUGGGAGUCAGCUAAGAAAGAAAGAAAAGGAGAUUGAAGAAUCCAUCCUACAGCUGAAGGAGCAAGAAACAGCAAGCCAAAGGGAUAAAAGGCUAAACAUCCGGGACAAUGUGGAAAUGAUCAAGGUCCGUAAACAGCUGGUUGAGAAAAGCAAUGCACUUUCAGCAAUGGAAGGAAAACUUCUCCAGCUUCAAGAGAACCAAAGGAACCUGAAGGCUAACCAUGAUGCUUUAAUAGCAAAAGGUGAUGAGCUGAAUCUACAGCUUAAAGAAGAGCGUUUGAAGUGCCUGAAUCUUGAAAAAGAACUGCAAGCAGUGACUAUUUCCAAACAAAGGACAGAGGAGUUACAAGAAAGAAUAAAUGAUCUAGAAAAAGAGAAGGAACUCUUGAGGGAAAACUAUGAUAAGCUGUAUAACAGUGUCUUCAGUGUGACCCACGAACAGCAAUGGAAAUUAAAGGAAGAGCAACUGAAACUGCAAAUUGCUCAACUAGAAAGUGCUAUCAAAUCUGAUUUAGCAGACAAAAAUGAAAUCCUUGACAAGAUCAAAGUAGAAAGAGACCAAAAGGAAAAGCUGAUGCAAGAGAACAAAGACCUGCAGAUAUGCUAUCUGGAAAAUAAGCAACAACUAGAUGAACUGAAAAAUCACAUGAAAUGUUUGACCAAGGAAAGUGAUGUUGAUGUGACAGAACUCCAUGAGGCUCUCUUGCUUAUAAAGGUUCGAAAGCAGCAGAAGAAUGGGGACCUUAUGUUUUUGGAAAAAGUAGAUGAUGAUAUCAAUAAAGAUUUGGAACGCUCGAUGAGGGAGCUGCAAUUAACACAUGCAGAAACAGUGCAAGAACUUGAAAAGACGAGGAAUAUGUUAAUUGUACAGCAUAAAAUUAACAAAGAUUACCAGACUGAAGUUGAAGUUGUGACACACAAGAUGGAAAGUCUACAGAAAGACUACGAGUUAAAACUGGAAAAGUAUGUUCAUCUUCUUGAUAUUAGGGCUGCACGCAUCAGAAAACUAGAAGCUCAACUAAGAGAUGUUGUUUAUGGUACUAAACAGCACAAAUCCAGACCAAAAAUACUGCCAGGUUAUUCGGUGGAUGAAUUUGAUGAAACUUUAUUAGAAAGCGGAGAGAAUCUUUUUGAAAUUCAUAUCAGCAGAGUGAUCUUCUCUUCUGCAGCUGUGCAUGCUUUUGGUGACCAUGAGCCUGCAAGUUUUUGUACUUACGCAUUCUAUGACUUUGAACUUCAAGCAACCCCAGUAGUGCGUGGACAAAAACCCUAUACGACUUUACUUCUCCGUAUCGUUGUACAGGUUGAUGACUGCUUCUUGCACUACAUACAGAGAAACAGUAUCACACUUGAGGUUCAUCAUGCGUACUGCACAGAUUAUAAAACGUUGCUACAUAAUAACGAAGUUGGCUUGGACAGAAUCAAAGGAAACAUCCAAAAUUAUGGUACUGUAGAAUACUGGAUCAGAUUACGAGUUCCUAUGGAUCAAGCUAUUAGUCUUUACAAAGAGAGGUCUAAGGCUCUGGGGUAUAUAACAUCCAGUUUUAGGGAACAUGAACAAUCAUCCCAGUUCAAACUAGAUGAAAGCAGCAGAUACUCAGAAACUGCCCAAGUCAGCACUUCAACAGAUGGCAAUUUAAAUGAACUCCACAUUACAAUAAAAUGUUGUAACAGUCUACAAUCCCGAAAAAAACAUCUUCAGCCAAAUCCAUAUGUUCUACAAGUUUUUUGAUUUGCAGACCAUGAUACUCCCAUCAUUCCUAGCAGCAACAACCCACAAAUAGAUGACCAUAUGUGUUUCCAAGUGCCAAUGAAUGCAGAUUUAGACCGAUACCUAAAAUCAGAAUCCUUAACAUUUUAUGUUGAUGAUGGUGAAACAGAAGAAGGUGGUUAUUUAGGGAAAGCCAGUGUGCCUCUUAUUUCUUUAGCACAUGACAGAUCUAUUUCAGGUAUUUUUGAACUAACAGAUUCUGAAAGACAGGUUACUGGUGCUAUCAGAGUUGAGCUAAAAUGGAAGUUUGCCUACCUACCACCAAGUGCCUCUGUGAUGGCUGCAGACUUAAGGAAUUACAUUCAAAAUGAGAAAUCAAUGGCAAGUAAAUUACUAGCAGAGGAAGAAAUGCAGAAUCCAUUCCUGUCUCCUCUUACUUCAUCAGUGACAGUACCAAUACCCAAACCAAGGCACCGUGCAGCUCAAACAGAGAAGAAAGUAUCUUUUCUGGAUGCUAGUUCAAUACAGAUGGCAGGCUCUGUUGUUGAAAAUGAUGUGGAACAUGCACGGAAGAUAAAGGCUUCAACAGGUCCAAGCGCUUUAGAGGUUAAACAAGAAAGGCUAGCAGAUGGUAAGGUGAAGGAGGUUGCUGAAGAAAUUCAACUAGAAAAAGAAGACCUCUCACAUCUGUCAGAAGGGCAGUUGACUGACCAAAGCCCAGUUACCUCUGGAGAUGAGACAGAAGUUACUGAAGAAUUGGAAUCAGAAGCAGAUCAAGAUGAUAAACACACAAAUGACGCCAUUGAAUCAAUAAUAACUGACAGCGAUGACUGUAUUGUUGCAAGUCCGGUAUCCAAGAAUAUUAAACAGGCAACUGAAAAAAUUCGGAUCGAAAUUAUAUCGCUUGGUCUUACUGAGUCACGAAUUGCAGCAGAUGAAACAAUACAACAGCUGUUUGUAGAGUGCAGAUUAUACAAUUUAGUUGUAGAGGAGACCCCGGUGUCACUUCCAAAGCCAACAAUUGGUCAGAGGGUUCACUAUAACUAUAGCAAUGUGAUACAUGUGGAUAAGGCAAAUAAUCGUGCAAGAAGAGAGUAUCUCAAGUCUAUACUUCAAAAACCAGAUCUAAACGCUGACAGUCUACUAUUUACAGUGGUUACCGAUCCCCCGGAAGAUGAACAGGAUCUUGAAUGUGAAGAUAUUGGGUUUGCUUAUGUCAGUUUGAGAGAGAUAUUCCAGAAGGAAAGGGACAUCAUUGAGCAAGAUAUUGAUGUUUUUGAUGCAGAAGAUGAUAGCACAGUAAUUGGAAAGCUCAAAGUAACAGUGGAAGCCCUCCAUGCACUGCGUUCAGUCUAUGAGGAAUGCAAAGAUGACUAGGAGGCAUGAAAGGGAAGUUUGCCUACAGAAGUUCCUUCUCCCAGUGUAAAUACAUGCUUGAUAGUGCUUCAAAGAUGAAAUCUUUGUAAUUCGUACGGUAUAUUUAAUGUAUAAUUUAUACAAGAAGGACUCUUGAUUUGUAGUUGUAAAGUUUUGUAUACUUUUCAGUCUGUUUGUUUUUAUAUUUCCCCCCUAAGGCUAAGUAUCUCUCCACAAUGGACAACGUCUUGUAAAUAAUUAAUACCUACAUGAUUGAAUGAUGUGCUUUAUUUGCAUUUUCAACAUUUUUUCCUACAUAAAACAGUAAUAAAAAUGCAAGUCAAAUUUUUAAUUUUUAAUAAAAAAACCAUAAGCCUCAGAAAACUGAUUAAAAAUACUUUUAUGUUAUCCCUAAUCACCCCACUAAAUGGAAUGCCUGUGAUUAGCCUCAUUAAGAAUUUUAUACUGUGAAGAUUUUAUUAAAAGCAAUAUAU